AUGAAGAGCUUGUGUUUGGUGUUUGUUUUUGCUAUAUUUCUCCAGUGUGAAUCAAAGCAAUUUAGUAGAUGUGAACUGGUUCAUCAGUUGCGAAGCCAUGGCUUUCCCGAAGAUAAGAUGAGGGAUUGGGUGUGUCUCGUAGAAAGUGAAAGUUCCCGCACUACCCAUUACAUCGGCAAGGUGAACAGGAAUGGCUCCCGGGACUACGGCCUCUUUCAAAUCAACGACAAGUACUGGUGCAGUAACACCAGCACCGCCGGCAAGGACUGCAAUGUGACUUGUAAUGAUCUCGUGACAGACGAUAUUACCAAAGCGGCUAAAUGCGCUAAGAAGGUGUAUAAGCGUCAUGGCUUCAAUGCCUGGUACGGAUGGAAGAACAAGUGCCAGGGUUCGCUGCCUGAUAUAAGUUCCUGCUAG